UUCAUGGCAUCCUCAGAGGGAUGCCCGGCAAGGAGGGCCAGGGGUGUCUAAAAUAGCCUGGGCUCCCUACUCUCUGCCUUCCUCGUGUCCUCUGAGAGCCGGCUCUGAUGUCCCACAUGGCUUCGCCAAUCUGGGCCCUGGUGCUGAUCAUAGGAACCGCCUGCAGCCAGAAAGAGAAGUCUCUGGACCAGAAGCCAGUCACCCCCGACUCUAAGGACAACUCCAUUAUAGCCCAGUGUGAUUUUGAGGACAACUCCAAACCCUUCUGUGACUGGACUCAAGCAUCUGCAGAUGAUGGGAACUGGAUUCGAGCCAGUGGACCCUCCCCCAUGGGCAGCAUUGGGCCUCCCGGGGGAUACCCCAACGGAGAGGGCUACUACCUGCACCUGGACUUGAGCUCCUUCCGGCCAAGUGGAGUGGUCCACCUGCGCAGCCCCCCCAUAUGGGAGCAAGGCCCCCUGUGCGUGCACUUUGCCUAUCACAUGUUCGGCCUAUCGUGGGGUGCCCAGCUCAAACUGCUGCUGCUCAUGGGCACCAAGAACAAGCACCCCAACCUGCUUUGGAAACACCUUAAUACCCAGAGCCCUUCCUGGAUGCCCGCUGCUGUCACCGUGCCCACGGGCCGGGCCCUGCCCAGCCAGCUGAUAUUUGAAGGAGUGACGGGCAGCACUGCUUACCUGGACAUCUCUCUGGAUGCCAUCUAUAUCCGUCGUGGCUCCUGCAGCAGGGUCUGCAUGAUGCAAAUGUGCAGCUUUGACACUCAAGAUAAUCUCUGUGGCUGGAGCUGGAUCCCCACAGCCUCUGGAGCCAAGUGGGUCCAGAAGAAGGGGUUGUCGGGGGUGCCAAAUGUGGGCCCCGAGGAUGACUUCUCCCGCCCUGGUAGUGGCUUCUACAUGCUGCUGGACCCCAAGAAUGCAAAGCCAAAGCAGAAAUCUGUUCUCCUGAGCCCCCUGAGCCAGUCGUCAGGCUGUCUGAGCCUGUCUUUCCACUACAUCCUCCAUGGCCAGUCUCCUGGUGCAGCCCUCACCAUCUAUGCUUCUGUCUUGGGCAGCAUCCGGAAACACAUUCUUUUCUCAGGACAAUCUGGACCCGACUGGCAGACUGUUUCUGUCAAUUACACAGGCCAGGGACAGAUUCAGUUCAUUGUGGUGGGAGUGUUUGGAAAUACCCCAGAACCAGCCGUGGCAGUGGAUGCAAUCAGCAUUGCUCCCUGUGGGGAGCACUUUCCUCAGUGUGACUUUGAAGAUGAUGCCCAUCCCUUCUGUGACUGGGUCCAGAUAUCAGGGAUUGGUGGACAUUGGACCUGGAGUGGGAAAAAUAUGCCCACCCAAGGAGUGCAUACCUUUGGAGUGCCUCUUCAUAAAGGUGACUAUAUCUACCUGGAGGCUGACAAAUUCUCCCAGGCAGGCCAGUCUUUCAGACUGGUAAGCCCGUCCUUCUGUGCCCCGGGUACAAUCUGCGUGGAAUUUACCUACUACAUGUAUGGCCUGGGAGAGGACACUAAGCUGAAGCUCCUUCUGGGGAGUCCUGCAGGCAGUUUCCUAAUUUCUCUCUGGCAACGCGUUGGGUCUCAGAGCCCUGGCUGGCUGAACGCCUCCAUCACCAUCCCUUCAGGACAGCAACAGCCUAUGCAGCUGACACUGGAGGCCAUCAGGGGCACCAACACUGCCUUCAUUGUUGCUGUGGGUUUCAUCUUGAUCAAUCAUGGGACCUGUCAGGGACCUGUGCCAACCAUGCCUCCUUCCAAGCCUCCAGUUCCCCCUGCUGGCCCUUCUGAGAUCCCUCCCUCCACAGAGAAACUCCCUGUCCCCACUGAAAAACUCCCUGUCCCCACAGAGAAACUCCCUGUCCCCACUGAAAAACUCCCUGUCCCCACAGAGAAACUCCCUGUCCCCACUGAAAAACUCCCUGUCCCCACUGAAAAACUCACUGUCCCCACAGAGAAACUCCCUGUCCCCACUGAAAAACUCACUGUCCCCACAGAGAAACUCCCUGUCCCCACUGAAAAACUCACCGUCCCCACUGAAAAACUCACUGUCCCCACAGAGAAAUUCCCUAUCCCCACUGAAAAGCCCACAGCUCCUACCACACUUAUACCCACUGGGCCUGCAGCCUCGGUGAAGCCUCCUAGUGCUCCAACUACCUCCAUGACCACUGUGCCCCAGGCCACUGCUACAACCCCUAGUCCUACUCCAGGUAUGUGA